AUGCGAGUCAACGUUCUCUCUGCACUUGUCGGGUCUCUUGCUCUCGCAAAGUCUUCCUUGGCAGUCAAUAUCAUCUCAUCGAAUGAUGAUGGCUGGGCGGAAGUGAACAUUCGCGCCUUCUUUGACGCUUUAACAGAGGCCGACCACUCAGUUGUUGUCGCGGCGCCUGCAGAGAACCAGAGUGGAAAAGGAUCCUCUCAGGGUACUCCGACGACACUUGAUGAGGCGUGCGAGUUCAACAGCUGCCCUUCUGGUAGUCCGGCUGUGGGGCAUAAUGCCUCAGAGCCUCGUCUGAAUUAUGUCAAUUCUUACCCUGCAACUUCAAUGAAGUAUGGUAUCAACUCGAUCGGUCCUCAAUUUUUCGAUGGCUCCCCCCGAUCUUGCGGUCGCGGGACCAAAUUUUACAUCUCCGGGACGGCUGGAGCAGCUACCUACGCGGCGCAUUAUUCUGGCAUUCCUGCGAUCGCAUUUUCUGGAGCGACUGGCUCUCAGACAGCUUGGAACGCCUCUUCAACCUAUCCCAAUUAUAGCCAAGUCUAUGCAGAUGCGGCCACCAACCUCACCAACCACCUUAUCGCGGCCGGGAAGCCUUACCUUCCAAAUGAUAUUUGGCUGAACGUCAACUUCCCGUCUGUUUCGGACUCCGAGUGCACAAAAGCCGAAGACAUUUCUUUUGUGUUGUCGCGCAUUCAUGUUGCGGUACCUCUAAUCACACCGGACGAUGUAACUACUUGUGGUGGAGAUCGACUGCCAAGCGAGAUUGGAGUCUCUUUGACCUCGGGAUGUUAUGCAAGUGUGUCAGUUGGCAUGGCAGGUACCAAGGGAGAUGCAAACGCCACUAUGCAGGAGAUUGUUCUGAAGAAAUUCAGCAACCUGCUCACUUGCCUACCUUGA